GAAGUCUUCAUGAAGGCUAGCUUGAAGUUCUACCUAGAUCCUAGAGUUGGACAUCACUUCAGUUGUAAUUGAGGGAGACGCAAUCGCAAAGAAGGUAAUUCAGACUUUGUUGGAGACUGCCAUUUCUCCUCCGUGGGCCGUGGCAAAUACAACAACAUCUAAUUUUCGAGUGCAAAGCCAUUCUCAACUCCUUCAACCUGUUCUCAGUGUAUGUAUUACAUUCCAAGGAGUGCCAACAAUGAUGAGCAUCUCCAGAUCUCCUAGCCAAGUAUGGUUUAAAAGCCCAUACGGUACACACAUGGUCUGUUUGCCGUGAUUGUAUCACUUCGGUGUUAUCCUUAAUGAAUCCGCCUACAUUGACUUGGAUAAAAAAAAAAGUAAAGACAUGACGUCCGACCGUUUGAACCGGCAAUGGAUGUACAUGAUGUACGGUUCAUCCUCAAAAACAUUUUUCUGGAAUCGUCUCCUCCUUUGAUCCCGAUCUCGAUUCCUCGAUACGUAAAAGUGGACUCGUAAGUCUUGUAGAAUUCUUCGUACCCCUCUUGGCCGGAAGGGGUCUCUGCAAUCUGAAUUGUUCUUAUUAUCAAUCCUACCAUGAACUUUACGUCUCCGAUCCAAUUUCCUUCUUCGAACUAGGGUUUCUUAUUUCCUGACACGCAGUUAUUGGACUCUUUUGAUCCCUGUUAUGUCGAAUUCCCACAGAAAUGCCCCAUACGGCUCUGCUCAUUUCAGAUCUAGAGAUGGUCUUAGCACGAGAGCAGUGCCUAAUUCAAAUGAAAUCCAGUUGCAGAUCGAUCCUGUGCACGGAGACUUGGACGAAGAGAUUACUGGUCUCCGCAAACAGAUUAAACAACUGAAAAAUGUAGCUCAAGACAUAGGGUCAGAAGCAAAAUUUCAGAAUGACUUCAUCACACAGCUGCAAAUGACCUUGAUCAAAGCUCAAGCAGGGGUGAAAAACAACAUGAGGAGGUUGAAUAAGGGCAUCAUCCAGCAAGGUUCAAACCAUGUCUUCCAUGUGAUUUUGUUUGCAUUAUUUUGCUUCGUCUUAGUCUAUUUAUGGUCCAAAUUUUCUAAAAGAUGAGUUCAGUUGGCUACUCUCUAAAGCCAAGUUAUGGAUUUUGAAGUUUAAAGGGUUUCUGGAAGUAAUAGAUGGAUCACCAAAAGUUGAAAGUUGUAAUGCAGGUUACUUUGUAAAGCUUUAUUUUUUCUUUAAUUUUUUAAUUUUUCUGUACCUUGGCUGGUCUCUAGAGCCAAACUAUGGCUUUUGAAGUUCAAAGGAUCUCAGGAAGUAAUCACCAAAGGUUGUAAUGCAGGUUACUUUGUAAAGCUUUUUUUUAUUUUUAUUUUUUCCAAUAGUUAUGUACCUUGGCUACUCUCUAAAGCCAAACUAUUGAUUUUGAAAUUUAAAGGGUCUCUGGAAGAAUGCAGGUUACUUUGUAAA